AUUUUAUUUUGUUAGAAAACAAAAAAAAAAAUUUCAUUCUUAACUUCAUCACCAUCAUUUGGAUCUCAGAAUUUUUUCUGUUUUGUUUUUGUUGUUCCAAAAAAAUUCUUUGUGAAACUUUUCUUGUUGAUAAAGUGGAAAUAGUUGAUGAAAAACUCAAUUGAUAACAUCGAUGGCCAACUAUAGUUUGAAUGAUAUAUUUUGUCCACCAUCAUAUAAUGGUGAAUCAAGACGUGCAAGAUGGUUUUUCCUAGGCCUUCUUGUUUUUAUUGGUUUUAUGAUAAUAUUUAUAUUGAUUGGUUUGGCUGCUGGAUUAUGGAGACAUAAACAAGAACCUGUACAAUAUUUUAUCUUGUCAAGACAAUGGCCAAUUACAAAAUGCCUUGCUAAACAAUGUAAUAAUGAUUUUAGUAAACAAAAACAAUGGUUAGUGAAUGGAUUAAUGAUCGGUAUUGAAGGUGAAAAUAUACAAAAAAAUUGUCAACAUGAACAAAAUGAUUUUGAACCAAAAUCGAUUGAUGAAAAUAUGAAAAAAUAUUUUGAACAACAUUGGCCAAAUUUGGAUCAAUUACCAGCAAAACCUACUGAAAAACCAACAGAAAAACCAACAGACAAACCAACAGACAAACCAACAGACAAACCGACUGAAAUACCGACUACUAAAGCACAUGAUAAAUCGUUAAAUAAUUAUUUGUUUCAAAAUUAUAAUAAAAUCAAAACAACAGCAGAUCAACUUGAUCAUAAUGAACAAUUAUGGUCAAAUGAAUGGCAAAAAUAUGGUCGAUGUUAUAAUGGAAAACAAUCAGAUUAUUUUGCAAAGAUUAUGGAAUUGGAUGAAAAUUAUCCAUUAACAGAAAAAUUAUCCGAAAAAAUUGAACCAAAUUCAACGAAAUUAAUUGAUUUAAAUAUUUUAGCUAAAACAUUGGCCCAAAAAUUUAAUAAUGAUCCAAAACAAACGGAUAAAGAUCAUCAAUGGAAUGAAUCAAUGUUUGAAUUUGUUUGUAAAUCGAUUAUAAAUAAUAAUGAUGAUGACAAUGAAUCAAUACAGUAUUUAUAUUUAUUGGAAGAAAUACGAAUGUGUUUUACUGUUAUAACCAUAACGGAUGAUGAUAAAGAGAAACAAGUUUCAAUACCAAACGAAUGUUUUGAUCGUCAAUCAUAUACAAAUGAAUCACCAAAUGGUUGUUUUGGUCAACAAAUGGUUAUUUAUCCAGAUUUAUUUUGAUAUUGUUGUUGUUGUUGUUGUUGUUGAUAGUGAGCAGUGAAUCAAAAUCGGCAUUUAUUUAUUA